AGCCCUCUUAAGGAUGCCAUGCAUCAUGUUGUCAUGAAGUCUGACAAAACUAAAUUCGAGGUGAACUACAUCAAUGCGGUGAAAGGACGUGGAUUAUUUGCAAAAGGUUCCUUUUGCAAAGGAGAUUUUAUUGUGGAGUACAGGGGUGAGUUGAUCAAUUAUGCAGAGCUGGAGAGGAGAAGAAAACUCUACCACCCAUCCUGUGCUGUUUUUAUGUUCGAGUUUAAGUGGAGAGGGAAAACAUGGUGCAUUGAUGCAUCUAGGGAAGAUGGAUCGUUUGGGCGGUUAGUUAACGAUGACCACCAACAUCCAAAUUGUAAGAUGAAGAAAAUUGAUGUGAAUGGAAAGGCACACCUGUGUUUAUUUGCGCUGAAAGACAUUAAAGAAGGAGAAGAAAUCACAUAUGAUUAUGGGGGAGACGACUGCCCAUGGAGGACCCAAGUAAGUUGCAGAAAUAACUAAUUUUUGGUUGUUGAAGAAAUUAGAAUUUGAAUCUAUUAGAAAUAUGAAAAUAAUUUGUAACCAUUAUGACUUGAGGGUCGGUGUUUUUUUUAUUUUAUUUUUUUAAGUACAUUGAAUAAUAGGGUCUUAUGUUCUUAGACCAAUUUAGGGGUUAAAUGUGGGGGUUGUAUGCCUGGCCUAAUGGGUAAAAUGUUACCC